AUGGCUAUCAAUAUCGACGAAUCUCCCAACGAAGAUAUUUGGGACCCCUACGUCCAAAAAUCUCAAGCUGCUUCUCAGCGCAAAAUCGACUUCCUUCGCCAAUUCUACAGGCGAGGGCUCAACUCAGGCGGCGAUGUAAGAGACACUUCCAUGGUGUAUUUGGUGCUCCAGUCUGGUCUUGUGUUUGAAGACGACUACUAUAUGAGGAUUCUAGGGCUCAAUCCUCAUAUUGCAGCACAUUUGGCUCUCUACCGACUGCUCAGUCGAGAAGUUAGACUGGUGGCUGGCAUUUUGAGACGCAACAUUAUGGCCCACUCGAUGCUUCAGAUGCCCAUGAGUGAUAUCCGCAGCUUGUGCUACAGAAUUGCCGACAGGUAUGAAUCUCUCUUCUAUGUUCCUGUUAAGACACCAGACGAAGAAAAGCUGUGUGCCAUCAGCUUUCUGUGGAAGGACCGCUACAACGGAAUGUGGCCCAUUGUCAGUAUGCUCCAUCGUGAAUACCAGGAAACUUCCAUGUAG